ACAAGCGAAGAGGAAAAAAGAAGCCAGGAGUAGAGAGGAAGAGUUUGGAUCCCUGGACUAGGUUUUGGGCUUUGGAAGAUGAAUGUUCUCAGAGCUCUGAGUGCUUUGCUCUGCUGCUCACUGUCGUCUGCACACACACUGGAUCCUGGUGGGAAGAACGUCUGCAAGAACACAAGGGACGCAUCCACGGUGGUCUGUUGUGCUGGAUGGCGUCAGGAAGGAAAAGAGUGCACCAUACCUGUCUGUGAAGGGGAGCAGGCCUGUCUAGAUAAUGAGAUCUGUGUAUUUCCUGGAGUGUGUCGCUGUCCACCUGGCUACUAUGGAGCUCAGUGUAAAACACGCUGCCCGCCUGACUUCUGGGCCCCAGACUGCCGGCAAGUGUGUCAGUGCUACCCAUAUGGACGUUGUCAUCCCGCCACUGGUGCCUGUACCUGCAACAGCAACCGCUGGGGUCCUCUUUGUCAGGACACCUGCAAGUGCGCCCGCCACGGCCAUUGCCACCCCGUCCACGGAAACUGCACCUGCGACGAAGGCUGGUGGAUGCCAACCUGCACCAAGCAAUGCCUGUGUGCGGGGGGAUCUGUGAGCUCUAGCUGCGACCAGCUAACAGGCUGGUGUCAGUGUCACAGGGGCCACUGGGGCCCAAAAUGUCGCCUCAAGUGCCAGUGCAACCAGUCUCCUUGUAAUCAGCAGACUGGUAUGUGCGAGUGCGUGGAAGGCUCAUGGGGACAAAGCUGUGAGAAGAAAUGUAACUGCGACCUCACGCACAGUAGCUGUCACCCGGUCACUGGUCAAUGCCUGUGUCACCCCGGGUACCAGGGCGUCUUAUGCAACCAGCCCUGUGAAGCCAGGAAGUACGGGAGUGGGUGUAAGAUGAGUUGUGGUAGCUGUAAAGACAACCAGCCGUGCUCCACCACUGAUGGUGUGUGUGUUGCCUGUGAGCCCGGCUGGAACGGUACGCGAUGUGACCGCCGGUGCCAGUCCGGUUUUUAUGGUGACGGCUGCAAACAUAAGUGUCCCCGAUGCCGGAAUAAUGAACCCUGUGAUCAUAAAACAGGGGAUUGUUGGAGGUGUGACCCUGGAUGGACCGGACCCAGAUGUGAGGAGGUCUGCCCUGACAGGACGUACGGAGACUCCUGCAGCUUCCCGUGUAGCCCUUGUCUCCAUGGCGACUGCCACCAUGUGACAGGAAGAUGUGUCUGUCAGGCAGGCUUCCAGGGAGAGAGCUGUAACAGCAGCUGCCCGGCCCUGCAGUUUGGCCUCAACUGCUCGUCUGUCUGUGACUGUGGGGAGAGAGUCAUCUGCCACCCCGUCACUGGUGUUUGCCCCAACAGUGUUCGCGGUGCUGUGCUCGCAGGUGUGCUGGUCCCUUUGCUCCUGCUGCUUCUUGCUAUACUGUGCUGCUGUCUCUGUUGUGGAGGAGGGCCUGCUGAUCCCAAAGACAGAGCGGCUGUGGCUGACGGAGGCUUGUUGGUUCGCAUGAAGUAUCACGUCUACACCGUCCUGGCAAACAUUGGCGCUGCCCUGCCCUGCAUCUCUGACUGGUCUUCUGGCUUGCCUCGAGUCACUGUUUCUCACCAUGACCCAGAGCUGACCUUUAACCACAGCUUCAUUGAGCCUCCCUCCUCUAACUGGGUGACAGAGGGGUCGUCUUUUGACACUGAUGAGGAGGCAGGAGAGGCUCUCUACUGCGUCCCUCCAAGAGAAGACAUCCCGGCUGUGGCGGGGGGCGAGUUCCAGGAGAUGAGCUCCAAGUGCAACAUGUUCCUCGACCCAACGGGCUUCAGCAGCGACGACAUUGCCUCAGCCUUCAGUAUCCCCCGCACGUCCAGCAUCGCCAAGUCCAAGCGACCGUCUGUCUCCUUUGCAGAAGGCACCCGCUUCAGCCCCAAAGAGAGGCGCGGCUCUGGUCAGGACCACGCGGUUGUCUCACGCAGCAAAGCUAAGUCACCCUGGAGCGCCUUGAUGCUUUCCACCCUCCACAAUCAGGGAGGCUCGGCUAGAACUGGGGAACAGGAUGGAGAGGAAGACGAGGAGACAGAAGCUUAUGCGGAUGUUCAAGUGGCAGACAAUCAGGAAUCCAGCUGUGAGGCAGCUGAACAGGAAGCAGACAGAACCCCAUCUGGAUCCUCCUUGCAGGUUCCUGGGUCGGCAGGUCGAAGACGUACCAUGUCCAACGCAGCCGGUCAUAAAGGGAACAAGCUUCCAGCUCCUGAUGCUGAGGUGGGGGUCUCGCACAAGGUCACCACAGUGUACGUGACAGUGGGUAAGGCUGGCAAGCCCUUCACAAAGACAGACUCGGGCUCCGAGGGGCCGGUUCAGGCCAUGCUGCGAAGACUCGGCAGCCUGCAGAGACAAAAGGAGCAGGACUCUAACAAGCAAAAGUCUAAAGCAGUGGAAGGGAUCACAAAACCACCCAGGCGGAAGCUGGGAGCUCGGGCAACUGUGUGGGAGAAGGGGGGGCCGUCUGAAGAGGAGGCCGUGGUAUUUAAGCCCAUCAGGAGGAAGCACUCUUCCCAUAACACCUCUGAAACUAAUGGAACUGAUAAUGCUCCAACACCAGAGGGCAGCACAGCAAAACGCCCACUCUCAUCCAUCUUGAAGAGCAUGCCGGAGGUGGCCGCAGCUGCCUUGGACUCAGACUCGAGGGCGGAGGGAGACAGGAGGCAGGGUGGGGAUGCAAGCACAGGACAAACAGAGGGCGGUUACCUGACUGUGGGACCAGCAGGAGACGCCACUGAGAUCAUCACUAACGAAGGAGCAGUGGUGAACGUGGGGGAUGAACCCUGCUAUGAAAAUGUCUAUAUCAAAUAAUCAUAACUUCUGAGUUAACAAGUCAGCAGGUCUGACGGCAACAAACCUGCAUGUUUAUUAUUCUGCAGGAAUAACUUUACAGGCACAAAUGGUAAACCUCUAUGAGCAAAUGACUUAAAGAAAAUGAUGGUGCUUUUGUAAUAAAGUUUUAUGUUUAAAUCCAGUUAAUGCAAUUAGAUGUAUUGCUGUGUUAUAAAGGAUAUAGAUAGCAGUGUGUUUAUAUUAAAUUUAAAGAUAAAUGAGUCAGAAAAAUCCAGGAAUCACAUGUGUUUUCUAUUACAUAGGAUCAUCUUUUUUAUUUACUUCAUGGCUGCAUGUCACAAAUGGGAUAAAUACAAGUACUUUAAUAUGUGGAUGUGCUUUCCUCGCUAAGUAUAAGCAGAUAAACUAGGAGCAUAUAGCACUAAUGGAGGGCUCCAGUAUGAUAGAAACACCUGACGAAAUAUUUAUGAAGAAGGUAUCAGAUCAGCGCGUGAUGAACCGGUUUGCAUACAUAUUUUUUGAGCGUGAGAAAAAGGUUCAUUAGUCAUGGCUCAAACAGAUUGUGAAUUUGUGAUCAAACUCACUCAAAAUCAGGACAUCCUUUAACAUCGGUCAAUUAAAACUCAACAGGCGUCACUGUGUAGUAUAGAUGAGUUCUGCUGUAAAAGUCACCAGAAGUGAGGAAGGCAUGCCACCGUGAUGACAGCCUAAAGUAAAGAUUUCAAAGAGCAUCGACCCACCAGUCAUAAGGCACUGCUGUUGCAAUAACAACAUGUAACUGCAGUCUUUUAUGGCAUAUUUUCACUGCAUACAUAUUAAUAAUUAAUAAUGAGGGGAAAAAGUACAUUUAUGAAGCAGGAUUUAGAUAACAUUCACGAUUACGGCAAUGUUUUUACUCUAAGCUGCUUCUUUUUUUUUUUUUAAUUUUAGUGUGAUUUUACUGUGGUUAUGUCUAAUAAAAUUGCUCAACUGAUGUUUGGAGCCAAUGAGAUAACAGUUUAGCGCAUCAGGCGGUUGAACUUUGGCCAUGUGGACUUCUGCUGAUCGCUGAUGUUUGCUAAAGUCGAUGAGAAGCGUGGUAUGUGUGUCACUUCACAUAUUUAGUGCACCUGUAGUCAAAAUGAUUUCAUUAUACACUACUUUAGCCCCAGUAAACACACACACAAA